AUGAAUACACAAAAAAAAUAUCAUUCACUUGUUUCAAAGCUCAAGUAUAUAGCAAAUUUUAUCUAUCGUCUAUUACUUUUACAAAAUGAUGGCUUCACCAGCAGGACACCUGAUAAAAUACACAAAGGCAAAUCUAUUAAGAAGAAAACGGAUAUAGCUUCAGUAUUAACAACUACUGUGUCAUCAACCAAUGCAUAUUCUUCAACAACAACAUCAUCAUCGAUAGUUAUUGAUAAUACAAAAUGGAAAGAUCUAUUUAAUAUUGAAAUAUUAAAUUUUAAAAAUGAAUCAAAGAAAUAUGCCAAUAUUACAGAAAAACAAGUGACUUUAUUUAUUUCCGGUUGUCAUGAGUGUAAAUUAAAACGUACAAAACCAAAAAAUUCAUCAAAAUUAGUUCUACGUCCAAUAAUAUCAAAUGAUUUUAAUGCACGUGGUCAAGUUGAUUUAAUAGAUAUGCAAUCAUGUCCUGAUGGUCAUUUUAAAUUCAUUUUAAAUUAUCAAGAUCAUUUUACUAAAUUUUGCAUUUUAAGACCACUUAAAACAAAAACAGCAGUAGAAGUUGCAUUUCAUUUAUUAGACAUAUUUACAACAUUCGGAGCUCCUAUUAUAUUGCAAUCUGACAAUGGUCGCGAAUUUAAGAAAGUACAAAAUGAAUUAAAUUCAGCAGCAAUUGAUACAAAUUUAUUUCAUGAAGACUGUUGUGACCACGAAACAGAAGACUCUGCGGAUUAUAAUAGACAAAAUGAUAAUACACAAAAUAAAAGUGAUGAAGAUGAGAAUGGUCAAGAUCAUACUGAACAAGAUGAUGAACAAAAUGAUAAUGCACAAGAUAAUCAACACUUAGAUAAGAUUAAUAAUGAUAAAUUAAGUCCACUUAAUAAUCGAAUCAAAAGAACUAAUGCAGUUCGACAAGUUGCACGAGAAGGGCAAAAACGACAAGCUGAUGAGUUUUUACAAAGUACAGCUAAAAAACAAAAAUUAGCCAACUUUAACGUUGGUGACAAUGCUUUAGUACCAGUGCCAGACGUUGAUCGUGGUCCAACCGAUGCACGAAACGUGUUAGCUGUGAUAAUGGAAAUUAAACACGACAAAUUAAAAUUAGGUACAGAAAAGGGUAUCUUAUUUGGCUAUCAUAGUUAUCAUGAAGGGCACUAG